CACGACACACGUUCGUAUUGAUGCAAAAGCCGAACUGACAUCCGCAUUCCUCAGCGCCUCCUUACUUUCUACGUCGUGAUUACCGUUCGCCAUUCGCUCGGGCUACUCCCAGCCGAGCUCAAUUCAGUCAACAACAUGUCGACAUCGCCAGUCCUCCCAUGCCUCCGAAUCACCGGUAUCCCUCCCGAGCAAAGCGAACAAGAGGAACUCGUCGAUUUUAUUGAAUUUUGCCACCCUGGGUACGAGUAUCCUCACAAUGUUCUUUUCCGGCUGCCAGCCCUGGACAAGUGCGACGGAAAGGCUGGUGUGCACCAUGAGACAGCGCGUCUUGCGUGUUGUAUCUUGGCCGGAAACGCGUGGGAGGGAUGGCUGACGGCGAAGGAACCUGGCGGGCCGCGUGCCGACAUUAAUCACGAUACUGAGGCCGUAUUAGCAGAGAGCCGCUACUUCUUCCACCGCCCGCCUGACCCAGCUGCAACAGACCAAAGCUAUACUACGCAAUACCCCAUCGUCCGCGAUUUCGAGUCUUGGCUUUUUCCCCGAGGCAACCUGCCGCUCUACUGGCAAUCCCUCGCUAUUCCAGCAGUCUCUGCAUCCGCGCAAAAACCCCCACGUCGCUGCGCGGUCAGCAGCCGCUUUCUGCCGCUAGAGAAUGCCCACCUCAUCCCCUUGAGCCAAAGCACUUGGUUCGAUAAGAAUAUGAUGGGCCUUUACCAGCGCAUGACUGGUACCUCCCGCACGCGAUGGAUCAAUCAGCCGCCGAACUGCCUCCUCCUUACCAAAGACAUACAUUAUCUUCUCGACCAGACCGAACAUCUUACAUUUACCCUCCGUCGAGUCCCAGCCGACGCCGCGCAGACAUUCGGAAUCCAAACAUAUACUUCACGGAAUGCUUCGAGCGAAUCGCAAUCGAUGGCCCUGAUUUGUCACGUUCUACGUCCUAGCCCUGCCAACGAAAUCGGCCAAGUCUACCACCUCCGCUCCCUCGAGCCGCUGCAGGGCAUUCUGCCUGAGUACCUCUUCGCAAACUUCGCGCUCAAGAUUUGCAACCUAUGUAUCUUCUUCCAAGACGACGGGGUCCGGCGCUACUGCUUUGAGCUCAACGUGGAUAAGGUGGAUGGCAGGAUGUCGAACACAGUGCAAAUCGCAACAUUCCACAAGUCUGAGUUUCAGAAAUCCAGCAGGAGCCCUACCAUGCGACGGAACUCGAGCCAGGCAUCGUCUAACAAACGUGCCCGCAGUGUCCGAGACGAAGAGGAAGGUGACGGAUCCAAAUGGAGCCCUAGGUGGUUUGGAAUAGGAGGAGAUGUACAUGACUAUUCCCAAGACAGCUAUUGGGAUGACAUUGGCGACCAACCCGUCACUUCACAUAGUCAUGGCACUGCGGAGAGUACAAUACUAAACGCGUCAAUGGAAGACCGAGGCCGUAGCCUCCAGCGGUCCUUUGCUGGGACGAUGUGGACCCCAGUCUUGCCCGACGAAGACCAUAUGCACGGCGACCAAAGCUGCAGGAGCUGGGUUGUGAUGGAUAAGCCAUGUACACUGGUCGUCGAUGAUGGAAAAGGUGUAAUGGACAAUCCUGAACGAUCCUGCUCUUCCCCUCCAAGGAAAAAGCGCCGGCGUUUGACGUCAGCUGCGUUAUCAGAGGUUGGCUGAGCGUGAGAAUUGCUUGCCAGACGCAGCAUACUAUUUAUAAAGCUGGCUUCCCCGCUCUUUGGCUGAUAUUCACUUUUCAUUGAAGUAUAAGCCAGGAGAUAAAUCGUCUUUGCCAGGGAAUUAUGAAAGGUCUCCGAUGUGUUUAAGCUCUGGGUAGAGUUGAUCAAUCUUUCCUUCAAGGAGCUUCUAGAUAUUCUCGAUAACAUUGAGACCCGGAGAAUAGGCCGGAUGGUCUAAAAAAGACACUCCGUUGUCCGC